AGUUGACCUUUUGCAAGACCUUGCUGGAAAGCUAACUAUUUAAAAGCGCUGCAUCAAUAUCUUCUCCAAGAACACUUCUUCUAAAACAACAGGAAAGAAAAGAACUUCUUGGACUCAGUGGGACACCUAUCGGGGUCACCAAAGAGCUCGGAGAUCACCUUCAGCGGACCGGUGAUGGACGAGGAGCACCUGUCCGCCCAACACUUGUCUGACAGCGGUGGAGUGGUACGUCCUGACGGCCUCCCCGAGAUGAUCAGCAUCAGGAUCGUGGACGACGAUGAUUCUGAGGUAGAGGUAGGUAUACCAGAGGACACUCCCCCAGUGUCCUCUGGUGAUGGAGAGGAAGUCAUCUGGGUCUUGGAUGACGAGGAGGAGGAGGAGGACCAGGUAGAGGUAGGUAUACCAGUGGACAUUUUUUCAGUGUCCUCUGGUGAUGAGGAGGAAGUAAUCUGGAUUUCGGAUGACAUGGAAGCAGAGGAAGAGGUAGGUAGACCAGGGGACAUUUCUCCAGUGUCCUCUGAGGAUGAAGAUGAGGAUGAGGUGAACGGAGAGGAGCAGGAAGAGGAGCAUGAAGAGGAGAGGGGAGAGGAGACUGAAGAGGAGACUGAAGAGGAGACUGAAGAGGAGAGCGAGUAUGAGGAGGACUUUUCAGACUCGUUCAGUGAGGAUUCUGGGUAUGAAUCCAUGUAUGACUCUGAAGAGCACCUCGAGGAUGAAGAUGAAGAGGAGGACAACAGAUCUCUCUCUCCUUUGGACCAGCAGAUACCGGAGGAUUUCUACCAGAGAUGGCAGCAGGUGUCUCCUCCUGUUCCUGAUGCUCCUCCUCAGCUGCUGACUGUCCGACAUCCACAGGAAGAAGAUCCUACCUCACCUUCAAGAUCAGAAGAUAGUGCUCCCUCAACCUCAGGCCUCAGCUCCUCCACCAAGAGGAGCAGGGAGGAGAUCCUCACAGAGCAGGUAAGUAGUAAGAGGCCCAGGUGUGACUGUGAGGAAUGCUACGAGGAGAGUGCUCCCUCAACCUCAGGCCUCAGCUCCUCCACCAAGAGGAGCAGGGAGGAGAGCUACAUGGACUCCACUCCAUCCACCUCAGGCUCCUACAGAAGAAGAGGAUUCUGGGAGUAUCCCCCUGUGGUUGAUGACAGUGAUUCUGAUUUGGAUGACAACCCUGAUUCCACCUCUGCAGUAGAAGAGGAAGCCAGACCAGGGGACAUUCCUCCAGUGUCCUCUGAGGAUGAAGAUGAGGAUGAGGUGAUCGAAGAGGAGAGCGAAGAGGAGUAUGAAGAGGAGUAUGGAGAGGAGUAUGAAGAGGAGUAUGAUGAGGAGUAUGAUGAGCAGUAUGAAGAGGAGUAUGAUGAGGAGUAUGAAGAGGAGUACUAUGAGGAGUAUGAAGAGGAGAGCGAAGAGGAGAGCGAAGAAGAGUGCGAACAGGAGUUCGAAGCGGAGAGUGAAGAGGAGAGCGAGGACGAGAGGGAACAGGCGACCGAGGGCGAGGAGGACUUCUCAGGCUGGUUCAGGGAGGAUUCAGGGUAUGAGUAUGACUCUGAAGAGCACCUCGAUGAUGAAGAUGAAGAGGAGGACAACAGAUCUCUCUCCCCUUUGGACCAGCAGAUACCGGAGGAUUUCUACCAGAGAUGGCAGCAGGUGUCUCCUCCUGUUCCUGAUGCUCCUCCUCAGCUGCUGACUGUCCGGCAUUCACAGGAAGAAGAUCCUACCUCACCUUCAAGAGCAGAAGAUAGUGCUCCCUCAACCUCAGGCCUCAGCUCCUCCACCAAGAGGAGCAGGGAGGAGAUCCUCACAGAGCAGGUAAGUAGUAAGAGGCCCAGGUGUGACUGUGAGGAGAGUGCUCCCUCAACCUCAGGCCUCAGCUCCUCCACCAAGAGGAGCAGGGAGGAGAUCCUCACAGAGCAGGUAAGUAGUAAGAGGCCCAGGUGUGACUGUGAGGAGAGUGCUCCCUCAACCUCAGGCCUCAGCUCCUCCACCAAGAGGAGCAGGGAGGAGAGCUACACGGACUCCACUCCAUCCACCUCAGGCUCCUACAGAAGAAGAGGAUUCUGGGAGUAUCCCCCUGUGGUUGAUGAGGAGACCACAGGAGUAUGAAGAGGAGUAUGAAGAGGAGUAUGAAGAGGAGUAUGAAGAGCAGUAUG